UUCAUUUUAGAUUUCUCUAUUUUAUUAUUUUUCAGACAAUAUAUGCUAGCAUCUUCCGCAGUAAAUUUUUUACCACAAUGGAAGUUGAUCGUGGACCUCCUGCAAAUGCUGCUGGCAUCAUUGUUAUUUUUGCAGUAUUUGGAGCUCUUUUUGCAUUUAUUUAUGUUUCUCUCUUUAGGAAAGAUGAUCAGGCCAAAGAAAAAGAUGAAUCAGAAGAUAAUGAUGACACUGCCGCUUCUUUAGUCAAUACUGAAAGUUCCAGAAGAAAACAUGUGAAGCCUCUAAAAAAAGUUUUGAGAUCAUUGAAGCAUCAUCAGUUUAGUGACCCCUGCCUCAUCUCAACUUUCAAGGGCCACACUGACCGCAUCACAUCUGCUGCUGUUUCUUCAAACGGCAAAGGAUUGGUAACCACUGGAUUAGAUCGCGCAAUUUUCUUCUACAACAUACGAGAAGCAUUUUCCCGAAGCAUUUCUUCUGUUUCUGGCACUAGGAACAACAUUCCAUUUGACUCGUUAUCUCGACUGUGCUGGAGCCCUGACUACAAUGCCAUUGUGGUACACAAGGCUGAUGCACAAACUAUUGAAGUGCUUAAAGGCACCAAAAAACCUGAUGGCACACUCACAGGGCUUGAAAAAGUCCGAGAGUUUCCUAAGCCUAUUACCGAGAGCUUGGUUGGGCUGAGCGUCGCUCCUGGCGGCCAGUUCAUCAUGACGUGCGAAGUGACUAACAUUCUGUCCCUGUGGGACCUCAGAGGCGAGCUGCUCACCAGUAUCGACACCAAACAGGGACACUCGCUCAGUGCCACGCUCUCGCUCGACGGCCGCUUCAUUGCCACGUCUGGUUUUACCCCCGAUGUUAAGAUUUUUGAAGUGGCCUACGAGAAAGGCGAUAAUAGCUUCAAAAGCCUGAAGAAGUGCUUCGAUUUGACCGGUCACAAUUCUCGUGUCUUCUGCUGCAGCAUUAACACAGAUUCAAGUAAAAUGGCAACCGUAUCAAAAGAUGGCACCUGGAGGCUUUAUGACACCGCAGUGGAGUACAGCAAAGGCCAGGAUCCGCGGCUGCUGGUGACCGGCGCUGUGCCCAACGCCCGCAACUGCUCUGACGCGGAGGCGUGUCGGGUGCUGCUGUCCCCCGACAACAGAGUCGUGCUCGUGUCGGUCGUCUCGUCGGUGCUCUGCUUCUCAAGCUCCUCCGGCAAUCUAGUGCAUUCCAUUGACAAUAUUUAUGCUGGUCCCAUUGUAGAUGUGUUCUUCGACGCAGCUAAUCAGUUCUUCAUAACAAUUGGAGACCAGCAAGCACACAUGUUCCACAACGUAGCUGGUCAUUACACAACUAUUGAGGACCUGGAAGUUUCACUGAAGUCAGCUGGAUAUGCUGGGAUGAAGGAACGCAUUCGGACUCAACUCGACAACGCAAGGAAGGCGCUUGCCAAGAUUGAUAUGAAGAAGAAAAAUGAAGCAGAAGAUAACAAGAAGAAAUAAUUCCCUCUGCGAUGAUUCGUGUAUUCAUAUAAAAAAUUAUAAACAUCGCGAUAGCAAAGCACAUUUUUUUGAAGCCUUGAAAAAAUGAUCUUAAAUGCAGUUGUAUCUUUCGCAGAUAUCAUUUGAUAAGAGGUUCAAAACUUCGCGUGAUGUUAGUUUAUGCUCUCGGUGAUUUUUAUCCGGUAUUGCGAUUAAAGUCUGUGACAAUGUCAUACAAACGUUCCUCUGGGCUAUUGCUUCAGAAAGUUUUGAAAAUAAUUGCACGAUAACGUCCAGCUAUUUCAAUUCCACUCCUUGAAUACGACGAUGAACUUCACUAGAGUUUACCGGAAUCUGCCAUGAGAUCAAGUUGAGCGCUACGCAAGCAGAAUCACGUCUUAUAAGCCUGAGAUAGCUACCUUUUCGUGGUCACACUUGCAGUAAUACAUUACUGCCUUGUUUGCAGUCGUUGGAUAGGAGGUUCCGCUUAGAUUAAUUAAUUAUUAAGUUCAUCAAUUUUUUUUGCAGAGUUCUAGUUAAAGAAAAAUAGGCGGAUUCAAAAAGCGUAGUCCGCCGAUCAGUUGAAAAUUUAUAAUGCAACAGGUUAAAAGCCGAAAAUAUUACAGCAACAACCGCUACGGGCAAAAUAUCUUCUGCGAGGCUGAUCGACUUGCAAAAAAUAUUUUAUGUUAACGUGCAUUAAUUACUAGUAAAUAGAUGACAAGCAUGUACAAGAUGUGUUAAAAUGAGCAUUUCUUUUUGACGCACAGGAUUUUACAAUAAUCAGUAGUAGUAGUAGUACUGACGAAAUUUUACUUUAAAACUUCAACUCAGAGUCAACUUCAUUGUAUCGGACUCAAGUUUAGAUUUUGAACGUCUUCACCGUCGUGUAGGUUAGCACUGCGUGACUAUUGCCGUCAUCGCUUAGAAGUAAUCACAGAUGGUUGUUCUUAGUGCAUCUUGUCAUGUACAGAAUCAAGGUAUUUUAUUCUGUAGAAAAGUGUUCGACACGGAUUUGUAGCUAUUUUAAUAUUUCACUUCGAAUUUCAUACAAUUUUUAUAUCGAUGUUGUGCCGUGAGAACCAAUACUAGCUCACUACAAAAACCUUGCAGCUUCAGAAGCAGGAAAGCCAACGAGUUCCAUUGAACACGAGGCAGAAUUUCA